AUGCCAAAAAGUGUUUCUACCUUCAUUCGUCUUUUUGUGCUCCUACUCGGUUUCUCCACUAUUUGUCUGGGAGUCCUUUGUGUUUCUGCAGCUUCCUCCACGUGCAGAUGUAGAAACAACGAGCUGCUGUUUUAUUGCCUGUUUGCUUUGGGAAUCUUUCUCCUUGUGACUGGCAUUUUCUGGAGCACUUUCCAUGAAGUCUUGAAGUGCAGGGACUUCAGCAGCACCUUCGUUCGAAAUCCCAGCCGUAGAGAGCAAUGUGUCAGCACCAUAGACAGGCCUGACUUCUAUCCCCCCUCCUAUGAAGACAUCACAGAUCCCGAAAAACAGACCUCCCCACUGCCUGUUGCCUCCACACUGAAACAGCAAGAAGUCUUCAACAUCCCUCCACCUCCAUAUAGUGAAAGCAGCAUAGAGUUCGUCAGUGAAACUAACGAACAGGAACAGCCACCACCCUACCAAUUAUCUGUGCAGCAGCUACAGCAGCAGCCAACAGCUGACCAAGACUCAAACCCUCGAACGGAGUCAAAUUCUCAUCCAUCCAUACAAGAAAACAGUUACCAACAGGAUACAGAUUGCCAGGGCACCUCAGGAAGAGCAGCGCCUGUCAGAACAUACGAGUCAGGCAGGGGGUAA